AUGCGUGUCAACCUUCUUCCACUGGUUUUCGGGUCCUUGAUGCUUCUCUCUGUGGUCUUUGCCACCAACCAAUCCAAUGAUGAGAGCAAUAUUGACCACCGAUGGUCUUCACAGGGCGGAUUAGCUGGCUUCAAAGCGAAUGUGUUUGAUGCUCUGCAUGUGUUGUCCAACAGACGGCCUGGCGGCAUUCCCUUGGCCGAUGUCGGUGUUACUGAGACUGCACAAGACGACAAUAAAGCAAAGAUGAUGAAGCGGCAUGACAAUGAGACUGAUUCUGAGACUAGUUUUGAGACGGCUACACACCCUCUUCCCAUUGAUCUCACCGAAAGCAAGAGCCUCGAUAUUUCAAUUAGCCUCACCGACAGCACGGCCGACACUUCGACUCAUACCAAAGCGGAAGCUACUUCUGAUACGUCAAGCACCACAACUGAUACAAUCAUCUCAAUCACUGGCUCAGGCUCAGACUCUAUCACGAGCUCUAGCUCAGUGUAUACUUCAAUUGAGGGGACUUUCACUAGCACGAAUGGUGCCUUAAGUAGUACUUCCACCUCUGCCAUCAAAUUGAUCACGACUUCUACUCUUAGCGCAAGAACAAGCGAGACAAAGACAACCGAUGCAAAGACAACCGACGCAAAGACAGUCGAUGCACAGACAAGCCCUUCUUCUACUUCGGAAGCCCACGCCACAGACAACAUAUCAGACAGUCUUUCCACGUCGAUCUACACGAGAACAAGCGCCCUGCCCAAUGGCAGCCUAAGCACAAUGACGUCCGUGAAGGUGGUGCGGGUCACCCCUACCGGACUCUCUGCCGAAGCCUCUAUUGGAUCCACUGGAUCGUCAACGACCAGCAAAGUGCCUUCUGCCCAGAAAGGUGUCGCUGCGUUGACCACCACAGGUGUCGGUCUAGAGAUCAUGAUCAUGCUUGGCGGAGCAGCCCUUUUCGCAAUGGCUCUUUGA